CAUGAGACGCUCGCCAGGCUCUGGCCGGCCGCAGCCACACCCCGCCGGCUGCCGAGCUUCCGGGCGGGCCACUUGCACCUGGCACCGAAGAAGGGCCGGCCGUUCGUGGGUUGGCCGCCGCAUUUAAGGCGCGGCGCGCCACGCCGGGACCCGAAGCGCUCCAUCCGCGCGCCCCCUGUCUUAGAGCCCGCCAUGCUCCCGCAGGUCUGGCUGGCGACGGCGCUCCUGGCUUGGCUGGCGGCGACGACGAGGAGCCGGGGUGCGCUGGGACCCCGCGGAGGAGACCCCGGCUGCCUGUCGCCGGCCGGCUGCGACUCUCCCGAGGCCGGGAGCCACAAGGCGCCCUGCGGGCAGAAAGGCUGCGGCGCCAGGGCGGCGGGCGAGCCGUGCGGCGUCUACACGCCCGGCUGCGCCCGCGGGUUGCGCUGCGUGCCGCGCCCCGGGGAGAGAGCCCCGCUGCACGCCCUGCUGCGCGGCAAGGGGGUUUGCCUGGCUGCUGCCGAGGAGGGCAAGCCGGCCGGCCGUCGGAACCAGACGGAGGCGGGUGAUGCUGGGAAGGACACUCGCCGGGCAGGCCAUUCGACUCAAGAGCCCCUCCUCUUGCAGAGCCCGGGUCCCCUGCCGGAGGUCAGCGUGGGCAAUGUCCAGCUGCAGCAGCUCUCCCUGAGCAGCGAUACCAAACAAGAAUUUGAGACGGGCCCGUGUCGCACCCAUUUGGCAGCCAUCUUGCAGGAGCUGAAGGCCCCACUCUACUUGAGCGGCGAAGAUAUCUUCAUCCCCAACUGUGACACCAAGGGCUUCUACAGGCGGAAGCAGUGCCGAGCAUCCAAAGGACAGAAGAGAGGCCAGUGCUGGUGCGUGGACAAGAGAGGCCAUCGGCUGGAAGGCCUGGAGGAAAACCCUCUCUGCCUACUGCCUAGUAGUAGUGACUGAGCCAGGCGGAGGGGACACUGCUGCGUUCCAGCAGCAGAAACUCUGGACCAAGGAUCUCUCUGCUCUAACAAGAGUGUUCACUUUAAAUUUAUUGCGCGAUUGCCAUCUUGCUGGAGUCCUGGGUUCCCUGCUACAACCCUGGCGCAGUGGUCUCCUCUGGCCAACAGCCCAACAAAGGGCACAAGACCCAGGGGCUGGUAUCACCCUGGCCGAUGGCGGGUGGGGAGGCUUCCAAGCGCAUGACUGCAGACGCUUUAUCAAACAAGCUAGAGGUGGCUGGGGUGGAAAGAUGCUAAGAUGUCCUGGCACUUGCCGGGUGGAUGCACACUUAGCACUCGGGAUGCCAGUGUAGCUAGAUGCUGGGUGUCGCUCUCAAGGUUGUGUUUGCACAGAAGGCAGCAUUGGGCCAUAAGAGAUGCAGGGGAAGGGGCUGUAUGCUUAAAGGGGGAGGGGAUCGGGCUUCAGCAAAUACCAGCCGUAUUUCUGGCACGAGAGACAACUGAGAAGUAGUGGGACGGGGCAGACGUUGGUGGACUGAGAUGGGGAUUUUCCUUGGAGACCUCAGGAAAGAAGGGGUAUAAAAGGGAAAAGGGGGUACCUGUCAAAGAGAAGGCCCUUGUGUGGUUGCCAGCACAGAGAACAGGAACAAGGUGGUAAAAAGGGGAUGUGUGGUGUCAGGCUUAGUUGCUGUAGCAACACAACUCAUGGCUUCAGUUGUGUGAGGGGAACUUAGACAAGCACCUUCCUGGUUCCUCACGGUCUUCCCGGCUUCACCAGCUCUCUUGAGGACAUUCUGUCACGCUCCCUGAAACACACCGUAGUGACAGCCAGCUGUGGGGGUGGGAACUGUUGAGGGGAGGGCCGGAAGCACUUUCCCACUCAGGUACCAAACAUUAUGGGUUUCCUUUGUAACUUGCUUUAAUUUAAAGUGUGUGUGUGUGAGAGAGAGAGAGAGUUAAUAUUUGUUUUGCUUCUGUUUCACUACCAGUGGCUUUUAAUAAACCUGUUAAUUCCC